GUAAGGAAGGAAAGCAGUGGGCAACCGAGAAUCAUAAAGCGAACUAUUUAAAGGCAGAAAGCAUUGAAACACCUCCAAGAUUGUUCAGCUAGUACAGACGACCAAACAAACCAGCAAAUGUGAGUUCCUAGUCAACUGUGUGGCAAUCUUGGUACAAAAGAUUACAGAUUGUGAUGGAAAAUUCAUUAGUAAUGACUGGAGGUGAUGAAAAUGCCAAUAAACGGGAUACGAUCUGUAUUUUUGGCACUGGGGAUUUUGGAAGAUCCUUUGGCAUGAGGCUGCUCAAGUCAGGCUACCCGGUGGUCUAUGGUAGCCGAGACCCAAGGAGCUCUACCCUACUUCCAAGUGGAGCACAAGUGUUUAGUCAUGUGGAGGCCCUGAAUACAUCCAAGAUCAUUUUCCUGGCAGUUCACAGGGAAAACUAUGAUUUCAUUUCAGCCCUGUCUGACCAGCUAGAUGGGAAGGUGCUGGUCGAUGUGAGCAACAACCUCAAAAUGAAUCAAUAUCCUGAAUCCAAUGCACAAUAUCUAUCCCAGUUGGUUCCCAAAGCCAAAGUGGUGAAGGGAUUCAACACAGUUUCAGCCUGGGCUCUGCAGUCGGGUAACUUAGAUGCCAGCAGUCAGGUUUUUGUUUGUGGGGAUGACAAUCAAUCAAAACAGUUGGUGAUGGAUAUUGCCAGGAGCAUAGGCCUCAUUCCUUUAGACCAGGGAUCCCUGCUGGCAGCUGAAGAAAUCGAGAACUACCCACUCCAGCUUUUUCCAAUGUGGAGACUGCCAUUUCGUAUCACAGCGGGCCUCACAGUAUUCUUCUUCAUAUACUGUGUGGUGAUUGAUAUAAUUUAUCCUUAUGCAAAAGAAAAUAAUGAUUAUUCCUAUAAACUUGCAAUUUCUGUUCCUAACCGUAUCUUCCCAAAUGUCUCCCUAAUCCUGCUGAGCUUGGUUUAUCUGCCGGGUGUCAUUGCUGCCUUCAUUCAGCUCCGCAGAGGGACAAAGUACAAGCGAUUCCCUGACUGGCUCGACCGAUGGAUGUUGUGUCGAAAGCAGCUUGGGCUUGUGGCACUUGCCUGUGCCUUCCUUCAUGUACUCUAUACAUUCGUCCUCCCAAUUCGAUACUCAGUUAGAUGGCACUGGAUAACCUCUUUGAUUGAAGAGUCAAAGAAAAAUAAAACUAUGCAGAUGAGCAAAGUACUGUCGUGGCGCCUUGACCUGUAUUUUGCAUUAGGAAUACUGGGGUUUGCUCUCUACAUUUUGCUGGGCAUCACUUCUCUUCCAUCAGUCAGCAAUAAUGUCAACUGGAGAGAGUUCCGCUUUGUGCAGUCCAAGCUAGGCUAUGUAACACUCCUGCUGUGCACAGCACACGCUGCAGUGUACGGCUGGGACAGGUUUCUGCAAUCAAAGCGGUACAGAUGGGGACUUCCACAAGCAUACAUGUUGGGCAUGGUGAUUCCAUGCACUGUGCUGGUUCUGAAGCUGAUUCUCAUAACACCUUGUGUGGACAAAAUGAUCACCAGAAUCCGGCAGGGCUGGGAGAGAGUACCGAAAGAUGAAAAGGUACAAACAUUCGUCAACAAAUCAUCACUUGUAUGAUGUAUAUUUGAAGCCAAGUUCAUUCCUGAUGAAGGGCCUUUACCCGAAACGUCGAUUUUGCUGCUCCUCGGAUGCUGCCUGACCUGCUGUGCUUUUCCAGCAGCACUCUAAUCUAGACUCUGAUUUCCAGCAUCUGCAGUCCUCACUCUUGCACUGAUGUAUAUUUGGGUCCAGUUUUUCUGUAAACCUAAUAAACAUUCAUCAGUUGAACACACAACAGAGUACAAAUGGGCAGAACUCCAUGAUGUUAAUUGAAUCCCUAGCUUGCAUUGAAUUAAAUGAUUUAUUGUCAUGUGUAUUUUAUGGUGAAUAAUACAGUAAAAUACAGUGAAAAGCUUCAACUGUCACCACAAUCAGAUACUAUUUUGAAUAGUUUAAGAAUAAAAAGAUAUAACUGGAAAAGAACCUAUCUUUCAUCUAUCUAGUUAGAUGGUGAAGCAUGAAACCAAACGAUGAAAAUAUUUUGAUUGGUGAGCAGUUUAAUUUUAGAUUGCAACAUUGUAUAUAUUUAUCUGUUACUAGAAACUCAGUGCUUCAGCUGUCUUCUUUUGUACUCUUUGAAAGCCGAUAAAAUUGAAUUAACCCAAGAAGCACUUCUUAAAAGGACAACAAUCUCCCUUGAUAAGUGUUCUCAGUACUUAAAUAAACAUGGGCUAUUCUUUCUCUUAACAAUGUAAUUAACAUACUAUAUGCACAGUUUGCCAACUUUCUCACCCCUUGCCCAAGGAUUUCUGUGCUUUCUCUUGAAGUGGAUAAAGUGCUUCCAGUCAGACUGGCAAUAUGCAUUCAAGCAACAUUUAAAUAAAUAGGACAAGCAAAAACAGCCCCUGUCAGCAUAUUUUCCCUGGCUCUACACUCAUUUGGAAGUUCAUCCAAUGAAGUGAGGAAUUGUUUCUUUCACAGUCUUCUCCAACACAAUAUUUGUUUGCAAUUAGUCUGAGUCUGGAAUUCAGAUACACUGCAAAUGGUGGAAUGAAAGCUCCACUAUUGCUGAAAUGUUAGGAAAGAUCCCACAUGAAAUGAGUUUAGGCAAGUUCAAAUCAGCUUCUUUUUCCUGUACUGAACAGUGUUGCUCUCCAAAAAAAAAUAAUUUUCCUUUAAUUAAAGUUUGCAUGCAGCAAAUUCAAUUGGAACAAAUUAACAUGCCAGAAGUGUGUUUGAUACUUGUUUGACGUUUACGUCUAUGAAAAUAGAACAAGGAUAUGAAAACAAAGUGAUUUUUAAUGAUCUUAAUGAGAGAAUAUAUAAUGUCACAUCAGCAAAAAUCAAAAUUAAAUAAAGCUGCAGUAAUCUGAACAUAAUAUGUCAUUAUUCUAGAACUAUAUACAAAAUCUAUACAUUCAUUACAGGAACAGAAGGAUCUGUUGCUCACAUCCACAACAGGGGCAAGACAUGUUAACUAAAGAUGUUUUAAAAGGAUACAUAUCCUGGACUUUGCAAGUAGAAGGAUAGGGCACAAAAUCAAAAUGAAAUAUGAGAUGAAAUCUUUACACUGUAACUAAUGAGGCCUCUGCUGGAGAAUUUUGUCCCAUUCUAAGUACCAUACACAAGAAAGGAUGUCAAUGCCUUGGAGAGCAGUACAGAGAGGUUACAGCAUGAUAACUAGGGAUAAGAGACUCCUUCACUUCUGUUAAGAAGAAACCGAGAUUGAUUUUCUUGGAGCCUAUGACUAAUGAGGAAACGUAACUGGCAUGGUUAAAGUGAGGUGUAGGCGGAUGAAAUUUUCUAUUAGCAAAGGGAGCUCAAUAAACAGAGAACACAGAUUUCAGACAAUUGGCAAAGGAACUGAGAAAAUAGAACCAAUGAGCUUUCUUAAAGUAGUGUUUUACUGUGAUCUGGAAUGCAAAGCCUGAAAGGGUGUUGGAAGUAGAUUCAGUUGUAAGAUUCAAAGAGAAAUUGAAUAUAAACAAGAAAAGUUUCAAGAAAGAGUGGGUGUGUAGAAGUAAUUUAUAACUCUUUCAUGGUGCUCAUACAUAAGAUCUGAAUGCUCUCCUGUAGUGCUUCAUGAUUAUUGAAUCCAUGAUCAUAUAAAAUUAUAAUAAAGUGUAACA